CAUACUGUCCACCGCGUCGUUUAACGCUAGACCUUUCAAAAUAAACUGCAAUCUUCGUAACGAGAUAAAAAAACAACAACACGAGGAAAAUGACACAUGUGUGGUCGGAGUUUGUAAACUCGUAUAAAACGAACCGGCGCUCAUUCUGACCCGGGCUUUAUCGGCGGAUAACCAUACCACACAGACAAUUCAUUUUAUAAAUACGCGGUAACACUUUGGAAGGAAAAUCGAUUUGUUGUAAAUAUUUUACUUUAUAAAUUCAAGACCAUUUGGUAUUUAUUUAAUAGUGAUUGUGUACGUGCCAGUUGACAAGUGUGUUAACGUGUUGAGUUCUAAUUUAUUGGUUUAUGACAGUGAUGAGAACCAUCUAAAAUGUUUAAAUUAAUGAUUACCGUGUCCCUGUUCCUGCAAUUAGUGCUGCGAGUGGAAUGCUUGUUUUCUGGAGACAACUGCAAAGUGGACAAUGAGUCAGGUCGCUGUGUUGCCAUAAAAGAAUGCCCGCAUAUCUACGAGGAGGUGAGGAGGGCUGGCAACCCCAUGCCUCCCCUCAUGAGGAGAAAACUUCAGAAAAUUACGUGUGGUUUCGAGUCCAAGGAGCCAAUGAUUUGUUGCGCGUCAUCGGGGUCAAUACAAAAUCACAACACGGUGGGAACUGAUGACGAUGUGGAAGCAUAUACCAGGGCCACACUGGAAAACAAGAAUGGACCUGUGAACGUGGACAGUCAUCCGAACCUCGGUCUCUUACCCACAAAAUGUGGGAAUAUCGAAAGCGACAGGAUUUGGGGCGGGAACAGGACGAGACUGUAUGAAAUGCCUUGGAUGGUGUUACUUUCAUAUGAUUCACCUCGUGGGGUCAAGUUGAGCUGUGGUGGUUCUUUGAUCAGCGAGUGGUAUGUCCUGACGGCAGCCCACUGUGUGGUCUUCCUCGACAGGAUGAAACUGGAGGCAGUCAUCCUUGGGGAGCAUGAUGUCAGUCAUGACCCUGACUGCGAAAUGUCGGACGGUAUCAAGUACUGCGCACCGCCAGCAAAGCACGUCCCUGUGGCGUCCAUAGUGGCUCACCCUGGAUACACGCGACAGUCACAGAUAGAUGACAUCGCUCUCAUCAGACUGUCUGAACCAGCUGACUUUACUCAAAAUAGUAUGAAGCCCUUAUGUCUCCCGAUGACUCCGGAACUGCAAGCGGAGUCUCUGGUAGGACACAAUGCGGUGGUGGCCGGUUGGGGUGUGGCAGAAGAUGGCAUCCAGUCCUCCGUGCUCCUCAGUGUCGAUCUGCCUGUGUUGAGCCACAGCGAUUGCAUGGCUGCGUACCGUGGAGCUCUUAAAUUAAAAAAUACUCAAAUAUGCGCCGGUGGAGUUAAAGACAAGGAUUCUUGUGCUGGAGACUCUGGUGGGCCUCUGAUGUACCCUGGGCAAUUCGGCAAACUUGGGGUGCGGUACAUUCAGCGAGGGCUGGUCUCCUACGGCCCCAAGCGAUGUGGGAUCGGAGGCUUCCCAGGAGUUUACACCAAUGUCGCUUACUACAUGGACUGGAUCCUAGACAACAUGCAAAGCUGAGCACUACGCAUGAGGGCAGGAACAACUCAACCGAAACUAUUUAACUUGAGAGGAUUACGGACUGUCGUGUAACAUGAAUUGAACAACGUUCGAGGGGCAGGCACAUCCACCGUGAAAAAAUAGAAUAAUCAUAUUAAUUUAUUAUUUAAAGUGUUCACAUAUUGAGAGUACUUAGGUAUGUCAAAUCUUUGGCUGUUGCGGACAUCUUAGAUUUUAAUGACUUUGAACUGUGUUCAAGUGGCGUAUGAAGAAGCAAAACACGUUUUAGAAUUAAUUUAAAUCCCAAUUAUGGUUGGUGACCUUAACGAUAUUAUGUUCUGACGAUUAUUGCUAGUCACGGCAUUUUAAUGUAUCAGUGUGCAGUAAAUUUUAUAGUUCUUCUCAUUUAAUUACUUUGUAUCUAAUUGCUUAUUAGGUUAAGUUUCUCGACUUGACUAAACUAGUCUUGUAGUUUUUAUUUUAUAUUAAAUUAAACACUGAUGCGUACACAGUAAAUACUC